GUAGACCGUAGAUUUAUAAAGUAAAAGGGUUAAAAAAAAGAAGAAGAAGAAGAAAAUAGAGGAAAGGAAUUGUGUUGUUAGAAAUAAAAGAGAAAAAUAAUAGGAAAAAAAGGGAAAAUAGGUGAGAUAACGGUUGUGAGAGACAAGUUAGCGGGUUUUUCGCGAAAGGAAGGAUGGGGGCAAAAGCUGGUGGGACGACACGUGGGAAGAGGAGAACCAUUAGAUGAGGGGAGAAUUAUAGAGCGUGUGAUGAAGAAGAUGGUCGAUGGAUGUUGAGAUCCAUGGGAGAGAGAAAUGGGAUGAAGGGUGUAGUUGAGGCUGUUUGAGAGCGAAAAAGAAGUAAUAAGUGGAAGAGAAUGAGGGAAGGAUAAGAAGAGCAGAAGAGAAAGAAGAGAAAUUUUAGGGGAGGGGGAUGUGUGUGUGUUUUGAGAUGAGUUGGAUGGGAUGGAGACUUAAAUUUGGGUAAUCAGAAAAGGAAAAGAAAAGAAAAGAAAAGAGAAAAAAAAAAAAAAAAAAUACUGCGCAGAGGAGAGAGAAGGGAAAAAGAAAGGCAUGGCGGCGUUGCAGAGAGAGGUGUAAUUCUGGGGCCAUAAAUGUGGAUGUAUUAGUAACACUGAGUGAAAGGGAAGAAGAGAGAUAUUGGAAAAAGAAACAAACGGGGGAGGAGAAUUGAAAGCGUGAUUAACGCUGCCCCCACUAUAAGCCACCAGCAGCAGCAGCAGCAGCAGCCAACACAUAGCUGCAGCAGCAGUUUGCGCCUCCAAUUCAGGCAGAGGGGUUGGACCCUCUGAUUAUGGAUUUUAGGUCACCUUCAGGUUCUGGGUCAGAGCAACAAUGUCUGGCUUUUUCACUUUAGGCGGAGGAGGAGGAGGAAGAGAAGACCACCAAGAUCAACACCAACAACACAAUCGCCCCAACCAAAUUAUUCCCCCGCCGGAUACCAGCUUGUUUUGGUACAAGGGCAACGUGGAGCUAUGGCAGCAGCAACCACAACAACAACAAGAACAACCUCUCUUCCAAACCCAAUCCCGGACUACUACUACUACUCCUCCUUACUCCGCCACAAUACCCCUCCGGAACUCCGAUGAAUCCUCCUCCAGAUCGGGUAAUUUCAUGAUGAUAAGCUCGGGAUCGGGAGGAGGUGGAAUCAGCUGCCAAGAUUGUGGCAACCAAGCCAAGAAAGAUUGUAGCCAUAUGCGGUGUAGAACUUGUUGCAAGAGCCGAGGAUUCCAUUGUGAAACUCAUGUGAAAAGCACUUGGGUCCCUGCCGCCAAGCGUCGCGAACGCCAAGACAAACUUGCUGCCUUACAAAGCCACCACCACCAUCAUCAUCAACUUCAUCUCCAUGGCGACAAUAAUCCCAAACGCCACAGAGAUUAUAACCCCACUUCUACCUCUUCUCUUGCCUGCACUCUCAUCCCCACCAACAACAAUACUUCUGGGUUGGAAAUUGGGAAUUUCCCAGCCGAAUUAAACUCUCCAGCUGUGUUUCGUUGCGUUCGUGUUAGCUCUACCGACGAUACGGACGAACAAUACGCGUACCAAACGGCGGUAAAUAUCGGAGGACACGUUUUCAAGGGAAUUCUAUACGAUCAAGGACCGGAAAAUAAUUAUAUUCCACCGGCUGAGACUUCAUCUGGUGGUGGUGGAAGUAGUAGUGGAGUGCAACCACUGAAUUUCAUUGCUGGUGCCGCUGAUGCCACCACCGCAAGCGGUGGUUCUACCGCCGCAUUACCCUUGAUGGAUCCAUCUUCUUUAUAUUCAACGCCGCUGAAUAGCUUCAUGGCGGGAAGAAGAAGAAGAAGAAGAAGAAGAGAAAGAAGAAGAAGAAGAAGAAGAAGAAGAAGAAGAAGAAUGGAUAUUUAGGAAAAAGGGAAGGGGAAAUAAGUGAUGGUAGGGAGUGGGGAAGAAAGAAAAGGGGCAGCCCGCAAAUAUAGAGGGGGCUACGUAGGUAAAGGGUUUUGUGGGAUUGAAUUGAAACAAAACAGAAACUGGGGGAAUUAUCAAUAAUAAAUUAAUAAAAUAAUAAUAAAUAAUGAUGAUGAUUAUGUGGGGAGAGUGGACUGGAGAGAGUGGUCCCUUAAAAUUAGGGGAGGGUGUGCCCUUAUAGCUUAGGGCACACCCUAAAAUAUCGUUGCUGUUCAUCGGCGUGACAUUUGACAAAAACAGACAUGUGUGAAGUUAAUCAAAUUAUGAAGAUUUCUAAAGUCAGCGUUUUCUUUUUUCUUUUUUUUCUUUUUUUUCUUUGAGAGGGAGAGAAAAAAAAAAAAAAAACUGAAGAAGUUAUGAGAGGGUCAUUUUGGUAAAAGUACAUAGUAAUUAGGGUCAGGGUCAUGGUCAGGGUCAGGGUCAGGGGGUUGCUUCUUCUGAUGAUGAAUUGUCUCUUCAAUCUAUUUAUGCUUUCCUUCCUCUUC